AUGAAUCUCUCCAAAACCUUAACCAGAAGGCCAACUGAAUUAUUUCUUAAAAAAACACCAGAAUUGAUUUCGAAACCCAAAUGGGUCCAUCAAUUUGAGCGCUCUAAUGCAAAAUUUCCUGUAAUUGUUUGCUCUAAAAAGGAGUAUUCUCCAUCUGGUCAUACUUUACUGCGUGCUGUUGCAUCGGAUUCUAUUUCUGGUGUGCGUCAGCAAGAAAAGAUUGAGAACAUUGAAGAGGGUAUAGAGAAGGUUAUUUAUGGGUGCCGUUUCUUGGCUAUUCUUGCUGUUUGGGGGUCUCUGGUUGGAUCUUUUCUUUGUUUUAUCAAGGGUUGCACGCAUGUUAUAUCAUCGUUCCAAGAUUAUUUUGUGGAUCGAGGGAAGGUUAUUUUUUCGCUUGUCCAGGCUAUUGAUGUCUACCUAUUGGGGACUGUGAUGCUGGUUUUUGGCAUGGGUCUUUAUGAGCUCUUCAUUAGCAAUCUUGAUAAAGCGGAAUCCGUUUCAGAGGGACCAGCUACGUACAGAUCAAAUUUGUUUGGCUUAUUCACUCUAAAGGAACGACCACAGUGGUUGGAAAUAAAAACUGUCAACGAGCUGAAAACGAAACUUGGCCACGUUAUUGUGAUGCUUCUUCUUAUUGGUUUGUUCGAAAAGAGCAAGAAAGCAGUUAUACAGUCCCCUCUUGAUCUGCUUUGUUUCUCUGCAUCAGUGUUGCUUUCGUCGGGCUGCCUGUUUCUACUCUCAAAACUCAACGAAGGAAGAUAA